AUGACCAAAUGCAUAGUCAAGCUCAGUGAUUUAGAAUAUGAAGGAAAAAGGAGAUUUCUUCGGAUGUAUUUGUGUUGGGAUGCUUGCAAGGAGGGUUAUAAGUUUUGUAGACCCAUCAUUGGGGUUGAUGGAUGUCACUUAAAACACAAGUUUGAAGGGGUACUAUUAACAGCAGUGGGAGUUGAUGGAAAUGAUAGCAUCUUCCCAUUAGCAUAUGCCAUUGUUGAAGGAGAAAACAAGAAGUCUUGGACAUGGUUCUUGGAGUUGCUUAAAAAUGACUUGGUGAUAACUGAGGAAGCAGAAUACAAGUUGACAUUCAUCUCAGACAAGCAAAAAAGUUUGUUACCUGCUUUUGAAGAUGUCCUACCAUAUGCUAGUCAUAGAUUUUGUGUCAGACAUCUCUAUGGCAACAUGAAACUUGCUGGGUAUGUGGGAAAAACUAUGAAAGAUGCCUUGUGGGCAGCAGCAAAGGCAACCACAGUCAACACCUUUACUGAAGCCAUGAAUGAUAUCAAGAGUUUAGAUCAACAGGCAUAUGAUUGGUUAAGAGAGAAACACCCUUCAGAAUGGAGCAAGUCAUAUUUCUCUACUACUUCAAAAUGUGAUGCUUUAGUUAAUAACAUUUCAGAGAGUUUCAAUCCUAUGAUCUUAGAUGCUAGACAACAACCUUUAGUUUCUUGUUUAGAAACUAUAAGGAAAUUGUUGAUGAAAAAAUUGUUUGAUAGUAGACAAAAAUCAAGGAGUUGGAAGGGACCAUUUUGCCCUAACAUAAUGAAGAAAAUAUCUAUAAUUGAGAAGGCUACAGCAAGGUGUCUAGGAACUCAGUGUGAUGAAAACUUGUUUGAGAUAAGAUCUGUAGUACUAUUAGGAGUGGUAGAGCAGCAUAUUGUGGACUUGUCUAGGUUUACUUGUAGCUGUAUGAGGUGGGAUUUAACUGGGAUACCAUGUCAGCAUGCUGUUAGGGCUAUAUGGAUGAAACAUGGGAAUGGAUCAGUUGAUGAGUAUGUUGACCCUUGUUACUCAAUUUGGUCUUACCAAACCACCUAUGGGAAGAGUAUCAAACCACUUGCUGGACCUAUGGAAUGGCCUAGAUCAGAAAAGGAACCACCACUACCCCCAUUGUACACAAAAAAUAAAGUUGGCAGGCCCAAAAAGUUGAGAAAGAGAAGCAAAGAUGAGAUGACAAAAGAUGGAACACAUGUGAACUGUAGCUUGUUGGUUAAGCAUUGCAAAAAGUGCAAAGAAGCAGUCCAUAACUCAAGAAAAUGUCCUCAGGAUCCUGCAACAAAAGACAAAAUAGUAAUGAUCUAUUUUACUGAUCCUGCAACAAAAGACAAAAUAAAAAGAGUUAGGAACAAGAAAAGUACAUCUAAGGCCACAACUCAAGAAAUUGGUAAUCAAGAACAAGUUCGAGUUGGAGUUGAAGUUGUAGAUGGUCCUCAAACUGGUGAAAUCCAUGUCACACAACCUGAUGAGUUUAUUGCUAGACCUACGCAAAAGAAAGGCAAUAGUCUCACCCCAUUGGGAGUUAGGAUAUCAUGGGGAAGUCCAACUUAA